GACGAAACUAGAAUUAAAUUAAGGACACCUAGCUUAACAGAUUUGCGAUUUCAAUAUGGCGAAGGUGGAAGUUGCAGAAAUGCAGAGCUCCGUCCACGAAAACGAUAAGAAUGUUUUGGAGUUUAUGGAUUCAACUGACAGCUAUCUAGUUCUUAUGAAUUCUCUCUCUUCGUCACUUCGCCAGGGAUGGUUUGAGUUGGCGAGUGCUAGGCAUUCGAUGGGUGCUUCACGUAUCAAUAGUGCUUUGUUUGACCUCAAAUCUCAUUCUGCUGCCACUACGUUGCAGUUAAACAAUUUGGAUGCUGGGCCUGAAUUAGAGAAAUUGCAUUUCAGUUUGUGUAAGUGGGCAUCGUCUGAGAGUCCAAAAAGCUCUUCUGAGGAAGCAAAAUUUGAGGAGGAUAAACUGUUACAGAGGAAAUCCAGUAGCCCAAAGGUUCUGAAGCAGGACGGUUCCUCAAAUUCUGAAGUCCAGGAAGAAAUGCCAGAAGCUACUGAAUCACCACGUACGGUUGAUGAUCAAGCCCGAAAAGAGCGGCUCAAGUCAUUAUCCAUGUUUGGGAUGCUGGUCUCUCCCAAGCUUCGAGCUGCCCAAUUGUCAUUUGAGACAGCUCUGGAAACUCUAGUAGAAGUAGCAAAUAAACGGGCAGACCUGCUUAAUGCUUAUGACCAGGUGCGAGAAAAGAUGGAGACCACCACCAAAUGACCAAAGAAGCCCUGUCUGGAGACCUCGCCUUGCUCAGUAGCCUGCAUCCUUUGCCAGGGGGGAUUAAAUCGAAUAAAUGCAAAUAGGGUCCCACCUAAAUAGGAAAAACAAAAAGGAGAAAAAGAAAGAUGAGGAACAGACUCAAGGUCUGGAGAUGGUGGCAUUGGUGAAACAGAGAGAUGAUGGCAUUAUUUGAACUGAUCUAUUUUUAGAACAACUCUCUUCAUGCCUGCUGUCCUUACCGCAAGUUUGUAUUUCUGCUUAGCUGUAAGAUUCUCUGGUGUACAGUUCUUGCACAUUUCAUAUGGCUUUUUCCACAGUGCAGGGAUUUAAUUUGUGCAAUUAACUCAAAACUUAUGAGCUAUGGUCCUUUUGGGGGGUGCGUAUUCAAUGGCUAACUAAAUGAAUCAAGUCUUGUUAUGUUAAAUAUUGAUAUCUAGAAAGGAUUUUAUUGUGAUGGAAUGUUUAAGAAUUCCGUUUUGAGAUGUCA